CAACACCCCCGCCCCGUCCUUCCCGGCGCCCCGGCAGGCGGCAGCGCUGAGGCGAGCGGGCGCGCAGGCGCGGGGCGGGCCGGGUGCCGCCAUGCCGACCGUCAGCGUGCGGCGAGAGCUGCUCUUCCAGGCGCUGGGCCGCAGCUACACUGAUGAAGAAUUUGAUGAGCUUUGCUUUGAGUUUGGCCUGGAGCUGGAUGACGUGACAUCUGAGAAAGACAUCAUAAGUAAAGAAAAGGGUGAAGGAAAGGCAGAGGGUGCAUCUGACACUGUUCUCUAUAAAAUUGAUGUUCCUGCCAAUCGAUAUGAUCUUCUUUGCCUCGAAGGGUUGGUCCGAGGACUGCAGGUCUUUAAAGAAAGGAUAAAUCUCCCUAGGUAUGAAAAGAUAAUACCAGCUAAAGGUGAAGGUCAGAAGCUGAUUAUCACUGAAGAGACUGCCAAAGUCCGUCCUCAUGCUGUAGCUGCAGUUCUCCGUAACAUAACUUUUACCAAAGAACGCUAUGACAGUUUCAUUGACCUCCAAGAAAAGCUACACCAAAAUAUUUGCAGGAGAAGAGCAUUAGUAGCAAUAGGUACCCAUGACUUGGACACCAUUGCUGGUCCAUUUACUUUUACGGCUAAAGCACCUUCUGAAAUUAAAUUCAAGCCCUUGAACCAAUCGCAGGAGUACACAGCUCCACAAAUAAUGGAUCUGUACAGGACUGACAGCCAUCUUCGACACUAUUUACACUUGAUUGAAAACAAACCACUUUAUCCUGUCAUAUAUGACAGCAAUGGUGUUGUUCUGUCCAUGCCACCAAUCAUCAAUGGAGAUCAUUCAAAAAUAAACCUAAACACAAGAAAUGUUUUUGUUGAAUGUACAGGCACAGAUAUGACAAAGGCAAAAAUUGUUCUUGAUACUAUAGUCACGAUGUUUAGUGAAUAUUGUGAGAAGCCAUUCACUGUUGAAGCAGUAGAAGUAGUUCUUCCUAAUGGGAAGACCCACAUCUAUCCGGAACUGGCUUACCGAAAAGAGAAGGUGAAACCUGAACACAUUAACAAGAAGUUAGGAAUCAGUGAAACUCCAUCAAGCCUUGCAAAGCUGCUGACUAGGAUGUGUUUGAAGUCACACGUCACAGGGAAUGGGAACAAUAUAGAGAUUGAAAUCCCUCCUACCAGAGCGGACAUUAUCCAUGCAUGUGAUAUCGUAGAAGAUGCAGCAAUAGCUUAUGGUUAUAACAACAUUCAGAUGACUAUUCCGAAAACGUACACCAUAGCUAAUCAACUCCCCCUCAAUAAGCUCACAGAACUUCUGAGACUGGACUUGGCGGCUGCUGGAUUCACUGAAGCACUCACUUUUGCCCUGUGUUCUCAAGAAGACAUUGCGGAUAAACUUGGCACUGAUAUCUCUACAACAAAAGCAGUACACAUAGCAAACCCCAAAACUGCAGAAUUUCAGGUGGCACGUACUACCCUCCUUCCUGGGCUACUGAAAACUAUUGCUGCUAACCGAAAGAUGCCCUUGCCUUUAAAGCUCUUUGAGAUUUCUGACAUUGUAGUAAAAGAUCCUAGUAAAGCUCUUGAAAGCUUUCCUUCACGUGGAUGGCUGCUUCACAAUGUUGUGAGGAGUGAUUUUGUAGCGUACUUCAUUUUGAUGGGAAUCACUGCAACAGAUGUAAGAAACACUUCUGAGGCCGCAGCUUUGUACCCUGGGCUCUCAGGCAGCCCUCUCACGGGCUGAGAACUUGCAGGCUGCAAACAAUAUCUAAAUUUGUUUUAAUGUAGUCUGUAGAAUAACUACUGUUUUUCCCAAACUUGGAAAAUUAAACUUGCCUAAUAAGUAGUUUGAAAGGGAAGGGCAGAAAGAAAUAACUGGUAACUGCAAAUGCUGAAAAAUGUGGGAUUGUUCUCUCACAUAUGGAAUGAGAUUUCUUGCAGAAGGCUUAUGUCAUCAGACUGACUAAUUUAAUUUUAUUAUUUCAUGAUUUUGGCAUGCAGAAUUUCCAAUUAAUAAUGUAAAAAGUAUGAGUCAAAAGUGUACUGACAUUAACUGUAUUUGAAAUGGCAUCUUGUAGUCAUUCAUGUGUGAAUGAACCUAGCUUUUAAACACUGGUUUUUAAUAAAAUGCCUACUUACACAGAA